AUGAUAGCAAAUGCUUCAUAUGAAGCAGCUUUGAUAUUGAUUAGGAAUGGAGAAUCUUUAUGGAAUGAGAAGAAUCUUUUUACAGGUUGUGUUGAUGUGCCAUUGACAGAGAAAGGUGUUGAAGAAGCUAUUGAAGCAGGGAAGAGGAUUAGUAACAUACCUGUUGAUGUUAUCUUCACAUCUUCUUUAAUCCGUGCUCAGAUGACGGCAAUGCUUGCUAUGAUUCAGCACCGUCGUAAGAAGGUUCCUAUCAUCUUGCAUGAUGAAAGCGAACAGGCGAAAACUUGGAGUCAAGUCUUUAGUGAUGAAAUUAAAAACCAAUCUAUUCCUGUCAUACCCGCUUGGCAGCUCAAUGAAAGAAUGUAUGGAGAAUUGCAAGGUCUUAACAAGAAAGAAACAGCAGAAAAAUACGGGAAACAGCAAGUUCACGAAUGGCGUAGGAGUUAUGAUAUCCCACCUCCAAUGGGAGAGAGCUUGGAGAUGUGUGCUGAAAGAGCAGUUGCUUCAUUCUUUUUAUUGAGAUAUGCAUUGUCUCCUUUUAACUACUACUGUACAAUGUCUAUUUUUUUUCUUCUUAAAAUCAACCAAAGUGUGAGUGAAGUUUAGGGUAAAAUGUGAUUCUUCACAUGACAUUGAAUCAAGCUGUUUUUUUUUUUU